GCGGACUUGGGCUGGCCUGUGGGGAAACGAAACUGAGGGAGGAGGCGGCGGCUCUAGCAGUGGCAGGGUUAGGCCCGGUGGCGGCGGCGGCAGCGGCGGCCUGAACCCUCCCUCUGCGCUCCCUGGCAGCUCGCCCUCCCCUUAGCUAACAAUGAAGAGGAGAAAUGAUCCAGAGUGUACUGCCCCCAUCAAGAAACAGAAGAAAAGAGUUGCAGAGCUUGGCCUGAACCUCAGUUCUACGUCUGAUGAUGAACCUCCCACCUCUAUCAAUCAUGCAGCAAAAGCAGCUACCACAAGCCUGAGUGGGUCUGACAGCGAGACUGAGGGGAAGCAACGCAGCUCUAACUCUUUUGACGAUGCCUUCAAAGCAGACUCCCUUGUGGAAGGAACAUCAUCUCGCUAUUCCAUGUAUAAUAGCGUCUCCCAGAAGCUUAUGGCCAAGAUGGGCUUUAGGGAAGGUGAAGGGUUGGGUAAAUACAGCCAGGGCCGGAAAGACAUCGUUGAGGCCUCUAAUCAGAAAGGUCGAAGAGGCCUGGGCCUGACACUGCAAGGUUUUGACCAAGAACUGAAUGUGGACUGGCGAGAUGAACCUGAGCCCAGUGCCUGUGAGCAGGUGUCAUGGUUUCCAGAAUGUACUACAGAAAUUCUUGAUACUCAGGAAAUGAGCAAUUGGAUGGUUGUGGGAAAGAGAAAGAUGAUUAUUGAAGAUGAAACGGAGUUUUGUGGGGAAGAGCUUCUUCACAGUAUGUUGCAGUGUAAGAGCGUGUUUGAUGUCCUAGAUGGGGAGGAGAUGCGGCGAGCUCGGACGCGGGCCAAUCCCUAUGAGAUGAUCCGAGGAGUCUUCUUCUUAAACAGGGCAGCAAUGAAGAUGGCUAAUAUGGAUUUUGUGUUUGACCGCAUGUUUACAAAUCCAAAGGACUCUUUUGGGAAACCACUGAUGAAGGACCGGGAUGCUGAGCUGCUGUACUUUGCUGAUGUCUGCGCAGGCCCAGGUGGCUUCUCGGAGUAUGUGCUGUGGAGGAAGAAGUGGCAUGCUAAGGGCUUUGGAAUGACUCUGAAGGGCCCUAACGACUUUAAAUUGGAGGACUUCUACUCGGCCUCCAGUGAGCUCUUUGAGCCCUACUAUGGUGAGGGUGGGAUUGAUGGAGAUGGAGAUAUCACUCGCCCAGAGAACAUCACUGCUUUUCGGAAUUUUGUCCUGGAUAACACAGACCGCAAGGGUGUUCACUUUCUUAUGGCCGAUGGGGGUUUCUCAGUGGAAGGGCAGGAGAACCUGCAAGAAAUCCUCAGCAAGCAGCUACUCCUUUGUCAGUUCCUCAUGGCGCUGUCUGUUGUCCGGACAGGAGGCCACUUCAUCUGUAAAACCUUUGACCUUUUCACACCAUUCAGUGUGGGGCUCAUCUAUCUGCUGUACUGCUGUUUUGAACGUGUAUGUCUUUUUAAACCAAUUACCAGCCGUCCUGCCAACUCUGAGAGGUAUGUGGUGUGCAAGGGCCUGAAGGUGGGCAUAGACGAUGUGCGGGAUUACCUCUUCUCAGUGAACAUUAAGCUUAAUCAGCUACGGAACACUGAUUCUGAUGUCAACUUUGUGGUCCCCUUGGAGGUGAUCAAGAGAGACCAUGAAUUUACUGACUACAUGAUACGAUCCAAUGAGAGCCACUGUAGUCUGCAGAUCAAAGCUUUGGCCAAAAUUCAUGCCUUUGUUCAAGACACGACCCUGAGUGAACCUCGGCAGGCAGAGAUCCGGAAAGAGUGCCUUCGACUCUGGGGGAUCCCAGACCAGGCUCGAGUUGCUCCUUCUUCCUCAGACCCGAAAUCUAAGUUCUUUGAGCUAAUCCAGGGCACUGAGAUCGACAUCUUCAGCUAUAAGCCCACACUGCUCACUUCCAAAACCCUGGAGAAGAUCCGCCCAGUGCUCGACUAUCGUUGCAUGGUGUCUGGCAGCGAGCAGAAAUUCCUCAUUGGCCUGGGGAAGUCCCAGAUCUACACAUGGGAUGGCCGCCAGUCAGACCGCUGGGUCAAGCUGGAUCUGAAGACAGAGUUACCCCGGGACACCCUGCUCUCAGUGGAGAUCGUGCAUGAGCUGAAAGGAGAGGGGAAGGCCCAGCGGAAGAUUAGUGCAAUCCACAUCCUGGAUGUCCUUGUGCUGAAUGGCAGCGACGUGCGGGAGCAGCACUUUAACCAGCGGAUUCAGCUUGCUGAGAAAUUUGUGAAAGCGCUCUCGAAACCCAGUCGUCCUGACAUGAACCCCAUCAGGGUGAAGGAGGUAUACAGGCUGGAGGAGAUGGAGAAGAUUUUUGUCAGGUUGGAAAUGAAGCUCAUCAAGGGCUCCAGCGGCACGCCGAAGCUCAGCUACACAGGGCGGGACGACCGGCACUUUGUGCCCACUGGCCUCUACAUCGUCAGGACUGUGAAUGAGCCAUGGACUAUGGUAUUCAGCAAACGCUCCAAGAGGAAGUUCUUCUACAAUAAGAAAACCAAGAUCUCUACCUUUGAUCUCCCUGCAGACUCCAUUGCCCCAUUUCACAUCUGCUACUAUGGCCGGCUCUUCUGGGAGUGGGGGGAUGGCAUCCGUGUGCACGACUCUCAGAAACCCCAGGAUCCAGACAAGCUGUCCAAGGAAGUUGUCCUCUCUUUCAUCCAGACACACAGCGCCUGAGGGGACGCCCACCCCUGCUGAAUGCCCUGUCUUUUGGAGUCAGGGCAUCACGCUUGGGCCUCCAGUACUGGUUCCUUCCCUUCUGGAAAGGGACUUGGGAGCAUGGUCACUGCGGCCUGCCCGUGAUGGGUGGGCGUCUCCUCUCCCUGAAAACCUCAGUUGGGGGCCCUCAGUGAUGCUCACGCGUUCCUUCUGGGACACCUUUUGGACUUUCUCCUGGAGACCUGCCUGGGAACCAUCUGCUCUGCCAGGAUUUGGCCUGAAGGAUGCUGUUCCCGAGGCAGUCUUGAGUCCAGGGUCUAGGGGCCAGUGGAGGAGAGUCAGAGCAACAGGGCUUCAGCGUCCCGCCGUUCUCUCCCAUACCUGUAGGCUCCCUUGUCUGAGUUCUGUGCUCUGUCCUGAGGGUGGCCAUGCCUCCGCUUUGCCCAACUUUUUAUUGGGCCAACCCUGAGUGGGUAGCGGCCCACGUUGUGAGCUGCUCAGGAGCAGCUGCUGUACAAAUCAAGGUUUUAUUUCUUUGAACUUGCUGUUUUGAUGCCAACUUGAAGAUUUUGUCUCCUCAACCUGUCCUGGUCUGCCCUGCAGUUCUUCCCAGCCCGGACCUCUGACAGUCCCGCCGGCCGGGAGGGGAGGUGUGAAGGCCACACAUCCUGAUAACCGUGAGGAUGCGGGUUGCGCUGUCUUCGCCAGCGAAUGUGACUGCCGUUCUGGGGGUUGUAGACCCUUCCCAUACCUGGCCCCUUUAGAUCCAAACCUUGGGCAGCCCUGGAAGGGGAAGGAGCAGCCUCGAGGAGCUGCCUUUUUCUGGGUGCCAGCAGCUGGAGUCUGAAUAGAACAGAGGGUACCUCUGGGGUUGGGUCUCACCCACCUCCUGGCAAUCAUAGCACCCCUGUUUGCCACACCACCUUGCAACCCUUUACCCCCCAACCUCUUUAUUCCCCAAUUGGAGGUACAGUCACUUUUGUUUGUCCUUGUAUGGUCACUCCCAUUUCUUCGAUCUUGGCGGAGGUGGAGGGGAAGAUGGGAAACUGGGCAGUAGCUUUGGGUGGGGGAGGGCACCUGUGGUUGUUUUAAUAGGAAAUAGCUCUCAGAGAUGUUCAUACGGGCUCCCUAGGGCCCCAUCCCAGUGCUAGACUGGUUUCCAUGGAGAUAGGGCACUGAGGCUCCCAGUGAGGUUGGAAUUGACUUCGCUGUGAGGUCUCCAGCCAGCAUCCACCCUCCCCCCCAGCCAGGCUGGCAGCAGCACCGCUGAGAUGCUGUAUUUCCACCCAAUUCUGGGUAUAUCCGUGUCUUGCAGAAUCUUGGAUCAUUAAAGAUAAACAUAU